AUGGCCCACGAAUCCAACAGCCCUUCGGCGACACUCCAGAGAGUCGACUCGCAAUCUGAAAAUCCCUAUUCGCAACUCAUCACCGAUCAACAGUUUGUGGUGGUUCCGUCCUUCACCCUCGAAUCGGGCGUGACCCUGCACAAUGUCCCCAUCUCCUACACGACGCGGGGUCAAUUGUCUCCCGAGGCCGACAACGCGUUGGUGAUUUGCCAUGCGCUGAGUGGUAGUGCCGAUGUGGCCGACUGGUGGGGUCCUCUGCUGGGUGGUCCCGGUCAGGCCUUUGAUACCUCGCGAUUCUACGUGAUCUGUCUGAACAGUUUGGGGAGUCCGUAUGGGAGUGCCAGUGCCGUCACUUACAAGGAUGGGUCCCCGGAGAAGGGCCUCUAUGGUCCGGAGUUCCCUCUGACGACUGUACGCGACGACGUCAGGAUUCACAAGAUUGUUCUCGACUUCCUCGGCAUCCGCCAGAUCGCCGCCGUCGUGGGUGGCUCCAUGGGUGGCAUGCUGACCCUGGAGUACGCCUACUUUGGCAAGGACUACGUGCGGGCCAUUGUUCCGAUUGCCACAUCUGCGCGCCAUUCGGCCUGGUGCAUCAGCUGGGGUGAGGCUCAGCGACAGAGCAUCUACAGUGACCCAAAAUACGAUGAUGGCUAUUAUUCGUUCGAAGAUCCCCCGACCACUGGUUUGGGGGCGGCCCGCAUGUCGGCCCUGUUGACCUACCGGAGCCGCAACUCGUUCGAGUCUCGGUUCGGUCGCAAUGUGCCCGACCCGACGAAGCGACAAAAUAUCAAUGGCACGCAACGGUUGCCCAGCCCGCCCAAUGAGCACUGGGCGAUCCACAAUGAUGGCCACCGGGCCAGCGAGCGCAAUUCGCCGGCGCCACAGCAAGAGACCACUUCCGCGGAGAUCCAGUACACGGACCCGCAGUUCUCCGGAACCAAAACAUUCAGCAAGACCAUCGAGUCCCGCACCAAUGGGGAUGGCAAAAAGCGUCCCCAGACUUACUUCUCCGCCCAGUCGUACCUCCGGUACCAGGGAGACAAGUUCGUGAAGCGAUUCGACGCCAACUGCUACAUCGCCAUCACCCGGAAGCUGGACACCCACGAUGUGUCGAGGCACCGAGUCAGUCCGUUGUCGGCGGAUCCGGUACGGGAGGCGCUGUCGCAGGUGGAACAGCCCGCCUUGGUGCUGGGUAUCGAAAGCGACGGGCUCUUCACCUUCGAGGAACAGCAAGAGGUGGCCGCGGGCAUCCCAGACUCGCGGCUCAAGCGUAUCGACAGCCCCGAGGGUCACGACGCGUUCCUGCUUCAAUUCGAGCAGGUCAACCACUACAUCCUGGAGUUCUUCCGGGAGGUCCUGCCGGACAUCAUGGCCCGGCCGCCCGUCGGUGACGUGGUGGCAGGUGCUGACGGAGUCAACCGAUUGACAAAGAGCAGCACCUUCGGCGAAGCGGAGGUGGAAGACAUCACCGCGUGGUAA